AUGGAUAAUACAGCAGCCGCUUUAGCAGGUCAUACAGCAAAAUAUAAUAUACCAUUGAGUCAUUUUGAAUAUAAAUAUAUACAGAAUUGUACAAAUGGAAAAGAACUUGAAAAAAUCUACAAAGAAUUAAUAGGCGGUGAAGUAGGUACAUUUCCAGCUUUAGAAAAAUUAACAUUUGAACGAAUUCAAGAUGUAAAACCGAACAGUCACAUUCUUCGAACUGAUAAAGCUCCACUUGAUAAAACACUUUUACCUGAUGAAGAACGUCAACAAUUAGAUGAUUUUCUUAAUCAAAUGAAAGAAACAAAACAAACAUCUUCUAAUACUACUAAAGAUCAUCAAAAUAAUGGUAUUAAUUUAGCUCCAAUCCGUUCCAAAUCUAUAGCUACUAACUCUACUACUACCAUCCCAACUUCAUCAGUAUCUGUGAUAAAUAAAAAUGGUAAACAAAAACGAAUAGUACCGAGAAGUUAUGAUGAAUGGGGAAAAUUAGAUCAGAAACUUUCUCAAGAAGUGAAUAGUGAUAAUGAAGAUGAUAAUGAUGAUGAAAAGCCAACUGAAUCUCGUCCUCCUCCUCCUACAGAUCAAAUUCACGAAAAAAGUCAACGUCUUCAUAUGGCUGAGCAACAUCGUCUUAAUGGAAAUACUGCAUUUAAAUCUAAUAAUUAUCAACAAUCAAUUGAUUUAUAUACAAAGAGUAUUAUGCUUGAUAAUACAAACUUAGUUGUUUAUAUGAAUCGAGCAUUAGCACAUUUUAAAUUAAAUCAUUAUGAUGAAUCAUUGUUAGAUUGUUCAAAAAUACUAUCUCAGGAUCCACAUCAUAUCAAAGGUUCAUUAUUUCGUCGAGCAUCAUGUUUUGUUUCUAAGCAACAAUAUAAUGAUGCUAAACAUGAUUUAGAUCUUCUGCUCAGUAUUGAUCACGAAAAUAGUGAUGCAAAAAGUUUAUUGAAAACAAUUCCAACUGCUCAAAAGACGAAAGGUGUUCGUAUACCUAUUACUGAAGACGAUGGUGAUGAUGAAGAAGAGAUUCGCCCACAACCACCAACUUCUACGUCAGUUAAAAUUCCAAUCUUGGAAGUUGAAGAAGAAGACGAAGAACAUGAAGAACAACUCCCACAAGUUACUAAUGAAUCGAUUCAAUCCAUGAGUAUUGACAUUCCUCAAAAAUCAUAUAAUCAUGCUCGUCCAUGUAUUGAUUCACAAGAAGCUUCUCCGGCUUUGUUUGAUCAUCAUUUUCAUCAUCGUGAUGAUAUAAAUCAAUUUCAACAAAAUGUUCAUUCUCAAUUAUCAUCUCUAAAUCAUGAAACUGAAGAUGAUGAUGAUGAUAUGGCACUCGGUGAUGAAGCUGGUGGUGAUAUUUUAGGAAAUAUGAGUGAUGAUGAUGGGAAUGUUUCACAUAGUUUAAAUGUUUCACCUACUAUGGAUGAUGAUGAUGAUAAUAAUAAUGAUGAAGUACCUGCAUUAGUUGAUCAAAAUUCAUUACCAACAACGAAUAGUAAUACAACAGAUCGAAACAUGACAUAUACUAUGAAUGAAACUUAUAAUGGACAAGAUUUCAUGCCUAUAACAAAUAAAAGCAGUAUACCAACAAUAUCUAAUAAUUAUUCAUUAAAUAAACAAAAUUCAAUAUCAUCGAAUUCAUAUGAAACAAAUGAGAAAUCAUUAUCAUCUAUAAAUUCUUCUAAUGAUCAUAUAUCUAGUUCAAAUUUUUGUCCAACUAUACAAAAUUGGUUACGUGAUUUAGUAAUAUUACAAUCAAAUAAUCGUCCAUCGACUUUACAUGAAAAAACAUGGUCAAAAUCAUCUCGACCUUGGGCACUUGAUAAAUUACAACGUGAUAUUGAACGAUUCAAUCGAUUAAAUGAUUUUAAAAAUGCGGUUGAAGCAUCAAAAAAAAUGUUAAAAAAUGGUGUACUUGAUUAUCAUAAUCAUGCUGAUCAUAUUGUUAGUACAUUAAUUAUUUGUGCUCAAUGUUAUUCAAAAGUUCAAGAUUAUGUACAUACUAUUCAAUAUACAACGGAAGCUUUACAAUAUAAUAAAACCGAUGCAAAUGCUUUAAUUUGUCGAGCUAAAGCAUUUGAAAAUGAAAAAUUUCUACUUUAUAGUUAUGCAGAUUACGCACGUAUACCAGCUAAUGAUUAUAGUUAUCCCUUAGCACAACGUGCAUGUGAAAAAUUAACUAGUGAAUUGAACGUAGCUGAAGGUGAAAAUUGGCGUGAAAAAUUACCUAAAGAUACUAAUGAUGAUGAACGUUAUUUAGCAUAUAUCAAAAUUAAAGAUAAUUCUUCGACGAAAAAUCAAUUUGAAUGGUAUCGAGAACGUGGUAAUCAACUUUAUAUUGAUGCUUGUUUUAUUCUUGCUAUUCAAUGUUAUACAUAUUGCAUUGAACUUAAAUCAACGAUUGCAACUUUAUAUUCAAAUCGAGCUGCUUGUUAUUUAAAAGUAUUCGAACCACAAAAAACAAUUGAUGAUUGUGAUCAAGCACUUAAAAUCGAUCCAAUCAAUGCACGUGCUUUAUAUCGUAAAGCAUGUGCAUAUAAAAUGUUGCAUAAUACUCAAUUAUAUGAAUCAACAUUAAAAGAAUUACUUAAAUUACAGCCUAAUAAUCAAACUAUUCUUACAGAAUAUUAUAUAUCUCGACAUGAACCAAUUCCUCGAGAAAUGAGACGACUUCGAGCAAAUAAUAAUAAUACUAAUAAUUCCACAUCUAUAUCAAAAUCUACUGAUAUGAAAAAUACGAAACCAACAACUAUUUUAGAAGAAAUUAAUCUUUCAUUUGAAGAACUUGAACAACUUCGUAUGAAAAAAACUCCAUUGUCUUUAAAUACACCUUAUCAAUUUACACAACAAUUAAAUACAUUAAAAUCUGAUGAUAUUAAAGGUCAAUGUUCUCUUAUUCUUCGUUUACCAACAAAAGGUCUAUUUGGAAUAACUAGUACAGCAACACCAAAAUUAGUCGAAAUUAUAAUUAAUGCAUGUCGAACUAUGGUUUUAACUGAACAACGUCAUCAACAAGAAAAUAAAUCUUCAAUAUUACCAUUUUCAUAUAUAACAUUUUGUUAUAAUAUUCUUGGUGAAUUAACAACACUUCCACGUAUUGAAUCAGCACUAUCAAUGAUAAAUCAAACUUGUCGAGCAUCAUUAGAUGAUUUACUACAAUAUUAUGCAGCACUACCAGCGAUAUUCAAUGAUGUGAAUAGAUUAGAUCGAUUACGACAAUAA